CGACCAAUGAUGAGCAGGCUGGGGUUUCUGGGCCAGGUCCAGAUAAAAGAGACUGGGGUCGAACAAAGCAUUCCAUCACCUCCACAUCGCCUCCUCGUCCUAUGCACACGCCUCAUCUGUUCCGAUUGCGCCAGCCCUAAUAUCUCAACGAACAACGUAUCUCUUACUCCAGGGCCAGUCUUCAGCAGUGCCGCUGGGCCUUCGUUACGCAAGGGCAAAUUGCGCUCGGCACAUUCUUGGGACAAAUAUCCGAGCCCAGGGCGGGGUGGAAUUCAAUACUCCAGCCCGAAGCUCCAACUCAGGACUAGGACGCGAGCAGGGCGCUGUUGUGUCGACACGCGCCUCUGAUACUUGGCUGGCCCAACACCUCUCCCUGGAACCGCCCUGGAAAUCGGCAGCAAGGCACACAGUGGCGAACACCACAAGUGCGGGUUGCCUCGAGUGCCUCCUUGCCUCCUCUGUGUCGGCCGGCUGCUGCCCCGCUCCUGUGUUGCCCAUAUAAAUCCCAGGACGCCUUCAUACCAGCCCAUCACCUGCCUGUAUCACAACCACCUCCAACACUGCUUGCUCAACCAAAAGUUUGCCUCGUUGGGCUCACAAUCGGCCGUUCUAAAUGCAUCUCAGUGGUCAUCUCUCCUUCCUCAUUCUCCAUUUUACUUAGACCUUCUGGUUCACACUGUCUGGUUCCUACUUCGGCCGUGCACUCAGCAUCUGGCUCGUUUUCCAGGUCGCUUCUCCGCAGCCCUCCACCGUGACGAUGCAGCCCCUCCAGGAGCAGACGGCCGGGCUGGAGAACAAGCUACGGGGCAUGAUCCUUUCCAACACGGGGAGUGGCGACGGCCUAGGACCGUCGCCGCACAUUGUGCCAUCUGCUGAUCCACGGUCUGGACUUGGCGCUCCCCCAAACGCCCGCUCAUUUGACGUCCCACCUGGCCUUGACAGACAGCCACCUUCAUUGACUCCAGGAGAGGAGAUCGGGGCGCAGAAGUCCUCAAAGCCCACCAGAAAGCGCCCCAAUCAGGCACAGCGCAGACAAAUGUCGGCCCAGCUGUCCAUCCCCAUCGACCCGCGCCCUCAGAUGUCCCAUCAGAGUCAACAGCACAUGGGCACGUCGUACCACUACCAACAUCGGCAGAGCCCCGGCUUCUCGCCCAACGACCAUCAGCACCAGCUAUCCAACGGCCACCCAUUCGAGCAGCGCCAAAAUUCGCACCCACAUGGCCAGCCUGGCGGACACGGCGCCCUAUACGGGGCCGCAUCCCCUCCAAACUACACGCAGAUGCGUAGCCAGUAUUCUCCACCCUACGACAGGUUCGCGGCGACGGGUGAAUAUAGCCAAUGGAGGGGCCAGCGAGGUGGCCACAAUGGCGAGCAGCAUCCGAGGAGCUACCAGAUGCCCAGCUUCGGUGGCGACAGGCCAAGCCAGGAGCAUGGCUACCAAGGCCGAAACAGGCCUGGAAACUCUGGCUUUGGGCGCCUGUAUCAGUUCAAGCCAGAUGAUGUAGCCAGUCAGGCCGAGUUGCUAAACGGCCUGUGUGACACUAUCAUCAGGGGCGCCGAGAUCUCGUACGACGAGAUUGCCAAGAACGAGGGCUUCCGCGCCACGAUUGAGCACAUCUGCCGUAUCGCUAUUUCUGAAUUCGAGGCAAACGAUAACGGAAACACGCAAUUCUCGCCCCUCAGCGUUCAGCUGAGGUGCUUCGGGAGUCUCUCUUCUGGCUUCGCAACCAAGGCCUCCGACAUGGACCUUGGGCUCCUUUCGCCACUCUCACAUCCGCUACCAGACGAUGCAGGCUCGCCGAUCCCGCGGCUGAUCGAGAAGGCGUUUCUUGAGGCUGGACUGGGUGCACGGCUGCUCACCCGAACGCGAGUUCCCAUCAUAAAACUGUGCGAGAAGCCGCCCGAAAAACUCAGGAUGGCGCUUUUGGAAGAGAGAGGCCGGUGGGAGAGAGGCGAAGACGAGGAUCCCGCCUUGGAGGACGAUGAGACUAAUGAAGAAGGCCGCGACGACGGCGUUGCCCAGAGCCCAGCGGACGCUGGUACCGACGGCGGUGAGGCAGGCGGUGACCAAAAGCCCAAGGCCAUCGAGAUCGGUACAGAGGCAUACGAGCGGGCGCUGGCGCAACUUAAGCAGACGGGCAACUCAACCCUCACGGCAUACUAUGGACUUGCCAAGAGGCUACUGAGGCGACUGGGUGGAAGCGACAUCACAAAUUCCAACAUGAGGAACCUGGGGAAGCAAGACCUCCAGAUUGUUACCGAUGUGGCCCAUGCCUUUGUGCGGGGGCUGGCGGACGCAGAGCUGGUGCGCAGACUGCAAGCAACAGUCUCGGUCUCUCUCCGAGAUGAUGCCAACUACCCAACCACACGUACGCUGGCCGGAAUGCACACACAGGUCGAGGGCGAGGCGCUGGCCAUGGCGUGGGAGAAGCGCCAGAUCCAGGAAAAGGACGCAAUCAUGGAGAAGGAGGCCGCAUCGAAGCUCAAGUUCUGGACCGAACUCCAGAACAGGGCCAUGUUCGGGCUGGAUCCCCUGGGCUUCGCCAAAGAGCUUAAGCAGGCGGUGGACACGUUAUUGAAGAGGAUACCCUCGAUACAGAUGCAUAUCUUGAAGCAGGGUCAGUACGAGUCACCAUCCGAGUACCAUGGCAGGACUUCGGCGCUGUUGUCUCAGCUAGGGGCACACGACACGCCCUCUCCUACAAACAUGGUUCUGCCACUAGCAAUCGCCCAAUAUGUCACGGGAAUCUGGGACAAGGACAUCCGGGAACAGGUCAUCGCCUUUGCGGAGGAGGAGGGUGUUGACACGCUGAGGGCCGCGGCGCGCCGUCACAGGAGCCUUCAGCUCGCCCUCGAGUUCCAGCGGGCGCUCAAGAAGGGGCUCUACGAAGACGACCGCGACGUAGUGGCCGACUACAUGGCCAUUCUGCGGAGACGGAUGCAACGGUCAGAUUCCUCGCACCGCCACUUUGACUUUGUGGUGCCCAUCACGCAGGAGGACACGGCCGUCAUGCGCAAGAUCAAGUCGCUCCCGCACCCCUCCAUGACUGCGCCGAACCAGCCCCGCGACCCAUACCAUGACCGCCUGGAGUUCCCUCCAACUGGGGCAGGGGUUCAGUGCGACAUCAACUUCUCUGCCCACCUGGCUCUUCAGAACACGCUCUUGCUUCGGUGCUACUCUCACACGGACCCUCGCGUCCGUCCCUUGGUGCUCUUUGUCAAGCAUUGGGCCAAGGUGCGUGGCAUCAACACGGCCUACAGGGGCACGCUGAGCAGCUACGGCUACGUGCUCAUGAUGCUGCACUACCUGGUGAACAUUGCGCAGCCAUUCGUCUGUCCGAAUCUCCAACAGCUGGCUAAGCCGACAAACCCUCACCUGACACCUGCCGAGAAGGAAGCUACAGAGAACUGCAAGGGGCGGGACGUGAGGUUUUGGCGCGAUGAGGAAGAGAUCAAGCGCCUGGCUGCCGAAGGUCGGCUGAACCAGAACCAGGAAUCGAUUGGGCACCUGCUCCGGGGUUUCUUUGAGUACUACGCCCAGAGUGGCACCAUGAGCACGAGCGCUUACCGCGGCUUCGACUGGGGCCGCGAGGUUAUCAGCCUACGCACUCCAGGCGGACUACGGAUGAAGCAGGAUAAAGGGUGGACGGGGGCCAAAACGACCAUCGAGCGUCAACCCAAGACACCCUCGGCCGUGCCAGCUGUCUUGGCCACUAGCGAGCCCUCUCCUCCUCUCCCCGGCACCCCGCAGGCGCAGCGGCAGUCGACUGACGCGCUCGCAUCGCCCCCGCCCACCGCUGUUACGCCGCGGCCAUUCUCGGAGGUGAAGGAGGUACGACACCGCUAUCUCUUCGCUAUCGAGGAUCCGUUCGAGCUGGAACACAACGUAGCACGCACCGUGACGCACAACGGCAUUGUCAGCAUCCGCGACGAGUUCCGGCGCGCCUGGAGGAUUAUAAAGAGCGCGGGCAAAGCCUCGCCCACGGGCACGUCACUGACGGAGGAGCUCCUCCAGAGCGCGGUCGAUGCGGACCGCAGCAGAGAGAAGAACGCGCUGGUUGAUCUCCUCGACGAGAUUCACGGCCGAAACAUUCCCUUUUGAUCUGGUUUCUUGUCACGUAGUUGCUCACUGAAGCAACAUGCACGAUGUCACGAUUAAUGACACAGAAGACUCCCUUGACCAGGCGCGCCAGUCAUGCUAUUGCCUAUUGUAGAAUAAAACCCGUAUUCCUGUUAUUAUUUCCAGUUCUCCAGGCCUCGGUGCAUAGUCUCUCCGCUCCCCCAUUUUGCGAUGUAACGUAGACUGCGCAGGAAGUGCGACAAAGGAUGAUAGAAGGAUAGAAAGAACAACAGAAAGGAAGAAGAAUAGCAGAAAGGGAAGAAAAACGACGGAAAGGAGACGAAUGAGGGUUCCAUUUGUGGUGCUAGCUAUCUCUCGUCGUUGUGAUUUGUGGCGUAGG